CAUAUCAGGAAGGUAAUUUAAAGAGGAAAUGGAAAUAAGACAGUUUGUUUUUCUAACAACGGACUUCCUUAAAUUCUUAUCGUUUACUAGCUUCCGUUAAUUAAUAUACAAACCUGCAUGCUUUGUAAAUAAAAACAAACAUUAUGUUAGAAUCUGAAAAACCUUGAAGAGCAUCAACAAUUCAUUCUUUUUGAUCGAAAUCGGACGUAGAAUUUUACGUACGGAAUGGAGGUUUUGAUUUUGCUUUUCUGUUUCAUGAUAGGAGGUUCUUCCGCUUCUAUGUGUUAUCAGGUAACAUGCGACGAUGCACCCUUGAAAGAACUGGCUCGACGAAAUUACACACUGAAUGAAACCCAGCUGAUAAGUUUAUGCCCUCCAACCUUGGAGCUUUUUAACUGUUACUCCAAAUUUGCCCGGGAUUGCUUUGAAAUGGAACUUGAAGACCUAGCAAAAAGUAAUGAUCCAUAUGCUAAAGUUAUUGCAACCAAAGUUUUGGAAGCGAAAAUUCUGGCAAUUGAAAUGUGCGAUGAGAAUUCAACUUUACGCAAAGAUUAUCUUGAAAAUGUGGGUUGUUUUUCACGUAUGAUUGAUAAUGCCGCUACAAUCUGUUCAGAAAAGGCCGCCGAACACGCUGUUGCAUUUUUAAGAAAAUUUCAUGAUCUAAAAGAAGGAGAAUAUGUUAAUUGGUCGGAACGAAGCUGCUUGGAAACAGUGUAUUCAAUCGCUUGCUUGGCCGAACAGUUGGAGAGGACGUGUGGUGAAGUUGCGAGAAGAACAUUUCUGACCCUUCUCGAAAAGGUCAAGAGUGUUAUACGUGAAGACUGUAAUGUUGUAGACCCUCUGAGUUUUAAACGGUCAUUUUUUGAGUACUUGGAAUUGGAAGACAAGAUAUCUGAGUUUUACCGGUUUGUAUUUGAAACAUUCAGAAGGCGAUAAGGAGUAUUUUACUGGACAUAUUUUGAAAAAUUUUGAAAGGAUUUUGAAGUACUUCAUUAAUACUUGAAUUCCAUUUAAUAAGUUUCACUCAUAAUAAAGUAAAAUGAAUUUACUCUCUAAAGGUAAUAAUAAAAUUAGGAGAAAGUUUACAAAAUAAAUAAAGAAAAACUGAUUUCCGAAAUAAUAUUUUUAUAUUAUAAAACAGCUUGAAUUUGUAUUUCAGUAAUAAAAGUUUCUAUUUUUCUUUUUAGUAAA